AUGCGGGCAAGCAGAAAGGCUAAGUGGAGGAAGACGCCGAUCUCAGCCGCUGAGAAGCUGCUAGAUGAGGCCCCCCUUCGGGAGAGGGCUCAAGAGCUCGACCGUAACAAUCAGCUUUUUCAGAUUGAUACGCAGGGAACGGAAGAGACCCUUCAUCUCUCCCAGGCAGCGCGGCGGCUGCUGCAGCGACGCCAGCUCCUCGUUGGUAGUGACGGCAAAAGCGGCAGCAGCAAGAAAGUGCUGCUUGAUGUAGCUACACAGGCGCACAAGCAGCAGCUUCUGCGGGUUCUAAAGGGGCGCAAGCAGAGGCUAGAGGCUGAAGCAGCCAAGCGCAAGGUACCUACCGUCUCCUUGGAAGCCCUCUAUGCUUCAGACGGUAGAGAAGGCGGCGACGACCCUGUUUCGCAGGAGCAGUCUACGUUGCGAGCUCGAGCAGCAAGCGUGAAGCCUUUUGGCUGGCGUCGAAUGCGAUGCGAUGCAGCGUGCGGCAGCGGCAGAAGGGGAGAAGGCUUGUCGAAAGCAGAGAGACAGAGGGAAAAGAAACGCCGCCGCUGCACACUCGAGACUCUUCGCUCGCUUGUUCCUGCAGUGGUGCUGCCAGAAGCGGGCAUUUCUUACAACCCCUCUUCAGAAACUCAGCAAAAACAGCUGAUUGCUGCUGCGGCGACGGCAGUGUUGCAGCAGCAUGAAGGGCGCUCUCUGCAGGCAGUGCUGCGCAGCCACGCGCAGACUGAAGUCGAGCAGUUGCAGCAGCAAGAGCAGCUGUUGUUGAGCGAACAGGAUCCGUUGAAGGCUCUGAAGCGUAAGCAGCCAGUGACAGCUGCACUGCUGCAACAUGUGAGUCAUGAGGCUUUAGAAGGCCUCUCGGAGCUCGACAAGCAGCGGAUGUUUAUGGAAUUAGCUGUGAAGGGCAGGCUGUCUGCGCAGGAGGAGGGCGAGGCAACAGCAGCAGCAGAAGAAGGAGACGAGCUCUCGGAUAAUGAUCUGGGAAAGGAAGCUGCUUCGAAGCAGUCGAAGAAAAAGACGCGCACGGAACGCAAUCGCCAGCGGCGGCACCAACAACAACUGCGCUCUGCUGCAGUGAAGCAGCAGGGAAAGGCGCUAAGGAAGUCUAUUGAUGCGUUGCCGCAGCUGCUGCAGCAGCUGCAAGAGCAGAGCCUCCAGCAGAAAGAGGCGCGAGCUAAAAGGUGGGCGGGAGUAGAAGCCAAGAAGGCUGCUGCGAGGAAAGGAGUCGUUGCUUUCAAGAUCGGACGAAAACGGUUUGUAGGAGGAUCUGCUGACGCAGCUGUGCCUGGGGAGGUGACGGGCUCUCUGCGCACCACUCUGGUACACGGCGCUGCAGCGGCUGCAGCAGAUCGCCUUGCCUCCUUCCAUCGCAGAGCUAUGCUAGAGCUUCCUGCAGAGCUAACUGCAGCGCAUGCGACUAGGAUCAAGAAACAGGUGCGCAGGGUUGCAAAUAGUCGGCGGAUUGUCAAAGCAAAGGAGAAGGGAAUACACGCUGUAUAG